ACUGGCGAAGAUGUGGAAUUACCAAAACUUAUUGGAUGCUUAGUGGCGUCACUCUGGAGGGCGGUGGGGCCCGGAGCGGCGAGGGCCGCCCCUCUCGGACGGAACUCAAGCCACGAAGUCUGCAGUCGCAGAUCGGCAUCCUCUGUCCGGUAUGUGAUGCUCAGGUGGACCUGCCCAUGGGUGGAGUGAAGGCUUUAACCAUAGACCACCUGGCCGUGAAUGAUGUGAUGCUGGAGAGCCUGCGUGGGGAAGGCCAGGGCCUGGUGUGUGACCUGUGCAACGACAGGGAAGUAGAGAAGAGGUGUCAGACCUGCAAAGCCAACCUCUGCCACUUCUGCUGCCAGGCUCAUAGGCGGCAGAAGAAAACGACUUACCACACUAUGGUGGACCUAAAAGACCUGAAAGGCUACAGCCGGAUUGGGAAACCCAUCCUGUGUCCUAUUCAUCCUGCAGAGGAACUGAGGCUGUUCUGUGAGUUCUGUGACCGGCCUGUGUGCCGGGAUUGCGUGGUGGGGGAGCAUCGGGAACACCCCUGUGACUUCACCAGCAAUGUCAUCCACAAGCAUGGGGACUCUGUGCGGGAGCUUCUCAAAGGUACUCAGCCCCACGUGGAGGCCCUGGAGGAAGCCCUGGCUCAGAUCAACAUAAUGAACAGUGCCCUGCAGAAGCGAGUGGAGGCAGUGGCAGCUGAUGUCCAGACAUUCUCGGAGGGCUACAUUAAGGCCAUUGAGGAGCAUCGGGACAAGCUGCUGAAGCAGCUGGAAGACAUACGAAUCCAGAAAGAAAAUUCCCUGCAGCUGCAGAAGGCCCAGCUGGAACAGUUACUGGCAGACAUGCGGACUGGAGUGGAGUUCACCGAGCACUUGCUGACCAGCGGCUCAGACUUGGAGAUCCUCAUCACCAAGGGGGUGGUAGUAGAACGGCUCAGGAAGCUGAACAAAGUUCAAUAUAGUGCCCGUCCUGGAGUAAAUGAUAAGAUACGCUUCUGUCCUCAGGAGAAAGCAGGCCAGUGCCAUGGCUAUGAAAUUUAUGGUACCAUUAAUACCAAAGAGGUUGAUCCAGCCAAAUGUGUCCUACAAGGAGAAGACCUCCACAGAGCCCGGGAGAAACAGACAGCCUCUUUCACCCUGCUUUGUAAGGAUGCCGCAGGAGAAAUCAUGGGCAGGGGAGGAGACAACAUUCAAGUUGCCGUUCUCCCUAAGGAUAAGAAAGACAGCCCAGUCAGACCAAUGGUGCAGGAUAACAAGGAUGGGACAUACUACAUUUCCUACACCCCCAAGGAGCCUGGUGUCUAUACUGUGUGGGUCUGCGUCAAAGAACAGCAUGUGCAGGGCUCGCCAUUCACUGUGACCGUGAGGAGAAAGCACCGCCCACACCCAGGUGUGUUUCACUGCUGCACCUUCUGCUCCAGUGGAGGCCAGAAAACCGCUCGCUGCGCCUGUGGAGGCACCAUGCCAGGUGGGUACCUAGGCUGUGGCCAUGGACACAAAGGCCACCCAGGUCGUCCCCACUGGUCAUGCUGUGGGAAGUUUAAUGAGAAGUCUGAAUGCACAUGGACAGGUGGGCAGAGCGCACCGAGGAGUCUACUUAGGACUGUGGCUCUCUGAUGGGUUUGUGCUCAGCCUUUUAAAGCUGCAGUCAGCACUACUCGAUAUUUCCAGAGGACCCAGACCUUCUUUCAUUCUAAAGAGACUGAUAGAAUUAAAAACAAAGUGCCUUAUCUUGCACUGGAGUUCAGGUGCUCUUUUGUUACUCACUGGUUGUACUUGUGGAUGGUUGAGCACAAAAGACCACCUCUACAUUUCUCUUAAAGGUAGGUUGGCAAACGUUCUUUUUCUACCACACGAGACUCCUUUUCAUUUUGUACAGUAUGGAGGUAUCUAUUCCAUUGGAACUGAAGGGUCUAGGUCGUUUAGUUAGUUCCUUUCUGAUAUGACCCUUUUUUUUUAGACAGAGUCUCACUCUGUCACCCAGGCUGGAGUGCAGUGGCAUGAUCUUGGCCCACUGCAACUUCCGCCUCCCGGUUCAAAUGGUUCUCCUGCCUCGGCCUCCCGAGUAGCUGGGAUUACAGGUCCCCGCCACCACGCCCAGCUGAUUUUUGUGUUUUUAGUAGAGAUGGGGUUUCACCAUGUUGGCCAGACUGGUCUCAAACUUCUGAUGACCUCGUGAUCCACCCGCCUCAGCCUCCCAAAGUGCUGGGAUUACAGGCGUGAGCCACCACACCUGGCCUAUCAUGACCUUUUUUAUUUUUCUCUGAGCUACACAUUAUUUAGAUAUUUCCCCUAGAGAUUAGAAACCUCCUUUCAUCCUGUCUGCUUUUUGUUAGCAUACUUUCAGUGGAUUUACUCGUACAUGUUUCAUGAUCAUGAUAAUGUGAUCUUGUUUUGGUGGUGUCCCCCCCACCGCUCCCAUGCCAUGUCAGCCUUCUGCCCCAAAGCCUGAAGAUUACUCUUUGGUCAAGGGCAUACAAAUAGAAAGUUAAUAAAGGGGAGUGGUGUUGAAAUAGAACCUCAUACGUUUAUUACAGUUCUACUCAUGCCACAAAAUCUAGACACCUUCAUACUUCUCACAGGUCUGUUUUUGGUAGAGUAGUCUUUAGAGUAGUCUUCACUGUUGUUUAUAUACCUAGAAAGUUAACUGGGAGCUUUGACUCUUAAUGUGCCUUCACUCAUAGUGUGCCUUCUUAGCUGCUUGAGAAUUCUGGGGAGAGGAUGUACACAGCACUAGUGCCUCAGCCCUGCCAAGGUCUUCACUGUAUAUAUUUCGUGUGUUCUUCUGAGAGUCUUGAUUUCCUAUAUAGCAAUAAACUCAGCAUAUAUUAAAUAUAA